AUGUAUCAAAAUGAGAGCUCUGACCCCGUGGCUGGGCUUGAGGACGAGGGAACUACGGAGCAGGGACAAGAGCAGGGCCGACACGAGAGGAAGAAGGGCAAGCAGCAGACAAGAGACCAUGAUGAUGAGGAAGAAGAGGACGAGGAGGAUGACGAGGAGGAUGACGAGGACGAGGAGGAUGAGGACGAAGAUGAGGAUGAUGAGGGCUUGACCCGUGGUCGCAAGCGGCCAAAACGGCGUCAUAAACGUUCCGCCGUCAACCGCUUCCUCGAUGUUGAAGCUGAAGUUAAUGAGGAUGAAGAGGAGGAGGAGGAAGACGAUGAAUAUGGGCGUGACGAAUUCAUCGCGGAACCCGGUGGUGAAGGAGACGAGGACGACAUCGCUCGCAGAGCUGUUGACCAUGCGCGUCUUGAUAGACGCCAACAGGAUUUGGAUGACCAGGACCUGGCUCGCAUUGCAGAGGGGUAUAGUCAACGGUACAAGCGCUCUGCAAUCCGCUACACGGGCGACAUGAACGAGGUACCGCAACGUCUACUAAUGCCAUCUGUGAAUGAUGCCAACCUGUGGCAAGUGCGGUGUAAACCCGGCAGAGAGCGUGAUCUUGUCUUCAGCUUGAUGCGCAAGGCCAUCGACCUUGAAUAUACAAAUCAUCCGCUCCAAAUUCUGUCAUCUUUCCAGCGCGACUCUCUACCAGGCAUGAUUUACGUCGAGGCGCGCAGCUCGAAGCAAGUCACAGAAGCAUGCAACGGACUUGUUGGUAUCUACCCCAGCCGCGGUAUCAUUCUCGUUCCGAUCGAAGAGAUGGCCAGUUUGCUCCAGAUCAAAAAGCAGGACUUGACAGUAACGCCAGGAAGCUGGAUACGCAUCAAGCGCGGUAAGUAUGGAGGCGACUUGGCGCAGGUCAUGGACAUCACCGAGAACGGAGAAGAAGUCGGCCUCAAAUUCAUCCCGCGUAUAGACUUGAAUCCGAAGGACGAUGCUUCUAUUGACGGUAAGAAGCGCAAAAAAGUUGGAACUGCUGUGUCGGCAGGUAUGCGCCCUCCACAGCGUUUCUUCAAUUACGAAGAGGUUGUCAAGGUCUACGGACGCAAAAUGGUCUCAAAGCGGAAUCAGGUGUAUGUGUUUCAAAACGACACAUACAAGGAUGGGUUCAUCGAGAAAGACUUCCGAUUGAGUGCGCUCUCUCUUGAGAACGUCAAUCCGACACUCGACGAAAUUACUCGAUUCACCAAGGGCGCGGACGGCGCUGAGGGCGAAAACACCGUCGACCUAUCAAUUAUCGCUGAGGCGUCGCGAAAGGCAGCGAUCGCAGUCCUUCAGCCUGGUGAUCAUGUGGAGGUGUUUGAAGGCGAACAAUCAGGCGUUCAUGGUGUCGUGGACUCAAUCUCACAAGAUAUCGUCAUCGUUAGUCCAGUAGGUGUCGACUUGGAAGGUCAGAAGGUGCAGGUUCCGGCGCGGAGCGUUCGCAAGAGGUUCAAGCCUGGAGACCAUGUCAAGGUGAUGACCGGCAAAAAUGCUGACGAGACAGGCUUGGUUGUGUCAGUCGCAGAGAACAUCGUCACCUUCUUGUCGGACAUGUCGAUGCAGGAGGUUUCAGUCUUCUCUAAAGACUUACGGGAAGCUGCUGAAGUCGGUUCCGGAACCAAUAUCGUAGGAAACUACGAGCUGCAUGAUCUUGUACAGCUUGAUCUUCAGACUGUUGGAGUUAUCUUCAAGACAGAGCUUGAUUCGUUCCGUGUUUUAGAUCAGAAUGGCCAAGUUCGCCUCGUCCAGCCUCAUCAGAUCUCUAUGCGUCGUGAUUCGAAUCGAGCAAUUGCCACUGAUUCCGAGGGUCACGAACUUCGUAUUCAUGACAAUGUGAAGGAGAUCGACGGAGAAGGCCGGAAAGGUCGGGUUCUACACACUCAUCAAUCCUUCUUUGCGUUCCUCCACAAUCGUGAUAUCGCUGAGAAUGGUGGUGUUUUCGUUACUCGUGCACGAUCCUUGGCGUCGCUCGCACCGAAGGGUUCGGUCUUGAAGCCGGGAACAGAUCUUUCGAAAAUGAAUCCUGCGAUUAACGGUGCUAUGACUGGUGGCAUGGUGGGCUCCGGAAACAUUGGCAGAGGUCCGAGAGAUAGGCUCAUCGGUGUCGCGAUCACCGUCGUCAAAGGCCCCUACAAGGGUUAUAUUGGCUCUAUCAAAGAUACUAACGGACCUGUUGCGCGUGUAGAGCUUAACACAGGCAACAAGGUCAUCACUAUCGAUAAAGACAAGGUGAAGCGGAGAAAUCCAAAUGGUAGUCUAGAACCUCUCGAAAGUGGUUACUCCAGCAUGGGACCUCCACGAAAUGACUACUUCGCAUCUCGAGGAGCAAACCCCAAUAGUACACCGGCACCGGCGUGGGGCGCCUCAGGGCGGACACCGAAUCCUUAUGCAGAUAACCAAAGUCGCACGCCCGGAUGGACUACAUCACGAACACCAAAUCCCUACGCAGAUCAUAGUAGUCGUACACCCGCAUGGAAUUCGUCUUCAAAAACGCCAAAUCCUUACGCGCAGGACGGUGGUCGCACACCUGCGUGGAACACCUCAACACGGACACCAAACCCGCAGAGCAUUGGUAACUGGGGUGGUGCGACACCGAAACCUUCAGGAUGGAGCGACCAAUGGGGGGGUUCGACACCAAAAGCUCCCGGUAACACUGCUUGGGGAGGGGCUACGCCUGGACGAACAAACUGGGGAGGAGCCACUCCACAGGUGUCGGCUUGGGCCACAGAAGAAUGGGUACCCUCAACGCCAUCCACACAGGCACCUACACCUGGUUACAUAAGUGCUCAGACUCCCGGAAUGGUAGCAACACCCGCCGUGACAUCAUAUGGAUCAACUUGGAGUGCAAAGACGCCUGUCGGCAUCUUCCAAGGUGACAUGGCCGCUGAAACUCCUGGAGGGUCAGGAUCAUACGACUACCCAUACCGCACUUCUGAGCUCGACAAGAACUGGCUGACGGAUCCGUCGAUAAUUGUCCAUGCUAAACGGGGGAUGGUAGUACAACUCAAGGGCACCCGUGGAGAUGGCGGAAUGCCAAAUUGGUCCGAUGGUGCACACGAAGGCCAGACGGGCACUGUUGAGAGUGUAGCUGACUCUCAAUCCGAGCAUCUGUCGACGGUGGCCGUAAUCCAGAUGGACAAAUCUCCUCCACAAACGCUCACUGUGCCUGUCCAAUAUCUUGUACCCGUUCCGCCUAACGGCAAAGGCGAUGAGAUCGUCGCUUUAGACGGCAAGUUUAAGGGUCAUAGGCUGAAGGUCAUGGAAAGAGGCGUUGGGUGGGUUGUGUCGGUUGACGGUGGUAAUUACGACGACAUCCCGGACGGUCGAUGCGUUCUCAUCAGGCAGUAG